UCAAAAUUUGAUCUUUUAAAGAGAAAUCAGUUGUUGAAACUUGAUAAGGUAACACAACAGCCCUAAAUCAAACCUGGAAGUUGAACAGGGCCGCAAUAUCUCCCUUUUAAACUCUUUAAAAAUCAAUCGAAAAAGAUUUUUGUGAAUUCCUCGAGAAACAACAACUCUACUCAAAGCAGCUGGGUGCUGAAUUUUCUUCGAGCCUACAGUUUUUCGGUGAAUUCUCAGUUACCCAUAUAAUGGAUGGUGGAGGAGAGGAAUCCAUAGAGGCGGUGGUGGCCGCGCGGCAAGAAAGGCUGAGAGCGCUCAAAGCGGCUCAGGAACUCCUAAAUACCCCAGAUGCAGAUGCUGAUGCUGAUGCAGAUGCUGAAAAUGACAAAAAUAAUCAAGAACAACAAGAGGAAGAAGAGGAAGACAAUGUCAAUAUGAAAUUCCGAAAUUAUCUUCCUCAUGACAAGCAGCUUCAAGAGGGCAAACUUGCCCCACCAGUACUACCAAAGUUUGAAGAUCCCAUUCUCAUGGCACCUCCAUUGGAAGAGAAGAAAGAGGAUCCAUUUCUAAACAUUGCACCGAAGAAACCAAACUGGGACUUGCGGAGAGAUGUACAGAAGAAACUCGACAAGCUUGAAAGGCGUACUCAGAAAGCAAUGGUUACACUAAUGGAGCAAGAAGAAGCAAAAAGGAGAUUGAAAGAAGAUGGUGGCGAAAAUGGUGUGCAAGACUGAGGGGAAACAUUGACUGGGAAUGCAAAGAAUGUUCUACAAUUUUCUUAGAAUCUUUAACUGGAGGCAGAUUUAAUCAAUCUAGGGUUAUUUCAGAUGCUGAGUUAUAUGGAUGAUCAAAGCAUUUAACAUGUGAAUUUUAUGUAUCAAAUGAUGUGGAAAUUAACAAUGAAAUGUGAUUUGAAUGAAAUUAAACUGCAAUGGUGAAGGUAACAAAUCAUGCUACUGUUAUUACA